ACCCCAACCCUCCGAGACGAGCGCGCGCGGCUCUCCGUUUUGCCCUCGUCACACGUGACUUGCAGCACAAGCUGUCCACUCGGACCCGUCCCCCCCUUUCACCGUUUGUUUUUCUCUGGUGCCACAGUGCGACAUUUAUUUGUCUGUGAUUAGUUGAAGUGAAGUGAACUUUAAAGACUGCUACUAGCUACUGGCAAGCCGAGUGGCUUUUCUUUUUCGGCAUAGUAUUUUAGACAAAAUUCAUUUUAGUUCUGAUAGAAAGACAUGGCGGAGGGACAGCCGGGUUACAAGCUAAUCUACUUCAACGCCCGAGGCAGAGCCGAGCAUAUCCGUUACGUGCUCGCUUUCGCCGGUGUCGACUACGUGGACGAGCGCAUAUCCAAGGAACGUUGGCCCGAGCUCAAAAAGUCGAUGCCGUUCGGACAAUUGCCGGUGCUCGAAGUAGACGGCCAGAGGAUAGCCCAGAGCAACGCUAUCGCGCGUUACUUGGCACGCAAACACGGCUUGGUCGGCGCCGACGAGUGGGAGGCCAUGCAGUGUGACAUGCUCGUCGACAGUCUGGGUGACCUCAGAACUGAGCUGUUGCAGUUCCAAAAGGAAGACGAUCUGUUUAAGAAAGAAGAGAAAAAGGCAAAAUUUGUGAAGGAGACGAUACCGCUUUUCCUCAACAAGUUCGAAAAGACCAUCGCCCAGAACAACGGCUUUGCUGUUGGCUCGACCACAACGUGGGCUGACUUUGUGUUCGCGGUAGCCUUGGAGAACUUCGAGCAAAUGUUCGGUUCGGCAGCCCUCGAGCAUUAUCCUAAUUUGCGUGGCUUGAAACAACGUGUCCACGCUAUACCAGCGAUUGCCGAAUGGAUUUCUCGACGACCGCACACGAACUCUUAAGUCUAGCUCUUCAAUCUCAUCUCUCAAACAACUGUCUUUUACCGCCCCAACAAAGAAAAAAGAAAAAAAAAAGCAACGCUAAUUGUCAAUACAUAUCCCGGAAAAGUAUCAAUAUUUUGCCGUUUCCCAUUUGUGACGACAGCCUAAAUGUUCGUAACAGAGGCACGAUCGAAUAACUUGUGCAUUUGUCUUGGUACGUUUGCCUGAGACUCGGGUCAUCUUUUUUCUUUUUCUGACUCGUCGGUUGUGAUUACUCUUUCGUUAGACAGAUGCGAUAUGACUAUAAUGUCGCGUUAUUACGUUCUUCGUCUUUUACUUUUUACGCUCAGCAUGGAACGCAAUAAUGCGUAGACGAUAUAUGAGAAAAGAGAGAGGAAGAAAAGUAAGUAGCACGCGAAUACGCGUUGUACAACACAGUACAAAGUAUUUUUCGGAGACAAGAGUCAUGCUAAAACGAUAUUUUUAUAAAUAUUGACAGGCAUAUAUUUUUUAGUUUUCAUUGACGCUCUUUAUGAUAACUUCGUUUCCUUUUUCGUUCGACGUGUAUACGAAAAAAGAAAGAUUUUCACUAUUCAUGUGAUAAAUGUUCAUGAACGUAAUGGAAAUGAUGGUAAUUAUGUUGUGAUGUAUUCUCAGAGAUGUUAACUGCUGGAAUGAAUAUAUCAAUUAUUAUGUGUAAACUGAAAUAAAGCAGAAAAAUAAAAAAAGAAACAGUGAGAGCCUAAAAGGCAAUAUCUGAAUCUACCGAAUAAGGAUAUAAACUUGCAGGCGAAUUAUAAAGAAAAAAAUACAACGCAAUUUGACGUGUGUAAAUGUUAUAUGUAUACGUUAAACAAUUCAAAGUACUAUUAAUGUUGUCACUGAGAAAAAAAUGUAUAUCUAUAUUAGAGAAUUAUACAUUUAAACGCAACGCAUUGAAUGCUUUUGCAAAUAUGCUUUUUCGUUGGAUUCUAGUCAAUCAUAAUAUGCAUAUUUGUUUAAUUAAAUCAAAGAAAUAUAUAAUAGGCAUUGUAACAUCGAGUUAUUCGAUGAAAGAAUGUAAUUAAUUUGAACAUUAUUAUAAUAGUAAAAAUAAAGUAUGAGCUUUAUUUU